CCGUGCAAAUUUGGGAAAUAAUGAAAUUCGAAGUUUUGGCCAUUUAACAUUGAAUCAAAUGGGAAGUGGCAGUUGUUAGUGUACUGUGAGCUCAAAUCUCUUUACAAGCAAAUAAAAAAGAUACUAAGAGUCCAACACAUUUUCCCUAUGUUCUGCCAUGCUAACACUGGGCGCUGCGUAACGCACAUAGCCUAGCGCUUGUAGCGCUUUAAUACAGAACCACCUUGCAUCGCUACAGCCUCCUUAAGCCGGUAACAGCACGUUACGUUACGUAUAAAAGCAGAAGUCGUUUACCACGUGUGUUUGUUGUUGAUUAAUCGUUUGAAGUAAAAUGGCAAAUGUAUUAGAAUUCAAAGGACAUCGGUCCUUCAGAUAUCGUAUAAUAUUGGCAACUUUAACCGGUAAAACGGUUAGAAUUUCUGACAUUCGGCCCACCGACGAUGAUCCAGGACUUCGAGAAUUUGAAAUUAAUUUUUUGCGAUUCGUCGACAAGAUGACGAACGGCGCGAGGAUCGUCCCCAGUGAAACUGGUACAUCAGUGUUAUACCAGCCAGGUAUUUUGAUCGGAGGAAUAGUGAAGCACGAAUGUUGCCUUGACAGAGGCAUAGGAUAUAUUUUAGAGGCUGCUAUGGAAUUAGCACCUUUUUGUAAAACACCUUUGGAGUUAACUUUGGGAGGAGUUACAAGUAAUGAAAUUGAUCCAAGUGUUGAUAGAAUAAAAGAUUCUGGAAUACCUGUAUUAAAGCGAUUUAUGACUGGUGACUAUGAAGUAAUUUUAACUAUUAAUAAAAGAGGUGCAGCACCAAAUGGAGGAGGUGAGGUUUUCUUCAAGUGUUCAACGGUGAAAUCUUUAAAAACUAUUCAAUUAAAAGACAGUGGGUUAGUUAAAAGAAUCAGAGGUAUAGCUUAUGGUGUUAGAGUUUCUCCAGGUAUUCCUCACCGUAUGAUUGAAACAGCAAAAGGAUCAUUGUUAAAGUUUAUUCCAGAUGUUUACAUAAAUAUAGAUGAAAAAAAAGGAAAAUCCGGAGGAAAAUCUCCAGGUUUUGGCAUAACUCUCACAGCAGAAACAAUUAAUGGCAUAUUUUAUUCUGGCGAGGCUGUUUCACCAAUAAGGGAUCCUAAUGCUGAUCCAUGUUUUCCCGAAGAUAUAGGCAAAGAAGCAGCUAAUAAAUUGUUUGAUGAAAUUUAUAGGAAUGGCACUGUGGAUAGUCCUUUCCAAUCUAUGACUGCUCUUUUCAUGGCUUUUAGCGGGCGUGAUGUAUCCAAAGUAGUAGUAGGACCCUUUACUCCAGCAAUGAUCCAAUUUUUGAGAGACUUGAAAGUCUUCACUGGAGUAACUUUUAGACUAGCGAAUGUCACUGAUGAUGAAGGCAAUCAAUUGCAGCAAGUACAUAUGACUUGCAGCGGAAUAGGAUUUUCAAAUAUGAGUAGAAGAGCCAUUUAAGUUCUACUUUACACAUUGUUUUUUAUAUAAGAUAUAUAAUUAAACGCAAAUGCUACCAUCUCAAAGAUAAUGCUUUGUACAUAUUGUAAAUACAAAAUAUAUGAUUAUAAGCUUGAGAAAUAAAAAAAUAAA